AUGGCCCCAAAAGGGUGCCAUAUGAUCAUGAAGGUCUUGGGAACAUACUUGGAGCUUGUCAAACGAGCAUACACCUGCAUGACCCCUCUCUUUGAUCCAUUUUCGUUUGAUUAUCACUACGACAAGGAACGAAUAAGUCUGUCAGUCGAUCCCCCCUCCCACCCGGGGUCAGGCUUCACCACGAAUUCAUACACGGAUAUGCGAAUUCUUUUGGCUCUCCUAGUCUGCGCCGAUCUCAGAACAUUGACACUGUCAGAUGAGGAUUAUCCCACAGCCCUCACCACCUUAGUCCAAGCUUUAGCCAUAGUGAGAUCGAUGGAGCCCUGGGCUAGCCAACAGGCCCGGGAGAUCAUGGGCAUUGUCCGCAAAGGGACCUGCAAAGCCCAGCAAGAAGCCAGACGGCACAAUGUCCAAGAUGGCGGCGUUUGUGUUUCGGCUCUUGGACUAGAUCUCUCCGCCGCUUUUGGCGAUAUACUAGCCAUACCAAGCAAGGUACAUACUUGUCACGAGAUAUGGAUGUGGUUAAUGCUGCCCACAUUGAGGCUAUGGCACAGUAUAGACGCCCAUUAUACGGAUAACGGCUCUAGGCGUCUGGGGGGUGUGUCACGAGAUAUGGAUGUGGUUAAUGCUGCCCACAUUGAGUGGGCCCGCUUUUUCUUGGAUGAUAUGAUCAUGGUCGCCGACAUCCGGAAGGUGAAGCAGUCAAACGAGUACGUAGCACCUCCUUGGGUGCCAGCCAAGAGCUUGCCUCUCAGACGCCGCAAGAAAAGAGCCAUUGGCGUUGCACCCAUCUUGUCAACCCGCCGUGGCGCUCCCCUCCUCCCCCAACCCUCCUCCCCCAACCCCCGGCGGCCAUCUAGCUGGAAGCACGCUAUCUUAGGUGCCGUAGACAACCAGCUAAGAGAAGCAAGACACGGCGUCAAGCCUUACAUACAGGGCCCUUUACUAUGCUACCGGGCGAUGCUCUAUCACGAACAGAUGCAGGGAUUGAGGCUAGUUCCAACUGUAAAUUCAAGGCCCCAUGUCAGCUCAGUUCAGCUCGACGGCAAAUUUCAUUCUGGGACUGACAGCAAAGUUUUUGGAAAUCCCCCCACGCCCAUUCCGGACACGGAAGACGGGGGAAAUUGCCUACCAGAUCGUGCCACCGGCAGUUCGCCUCAAUAUCCGAUUGGAUGGACUAGCAGGAGGCAACUGCUUUUGAAUUAUGUUUUCGACAAUGUAGCGGCAAUCAUGUUCCACCCAAAUUAUCUUGGCCCACAAGACUGCCUUGUCCGAACGUCAACCUCAAUGGAGGCUUGGCAAGGUCCGCCUCAGGAUGCCUGCAGCACACAUUCCGAAGGAACACUAGACUUUCGUUCAUACAUCUCUUCGACCAACGAUAGUAGAGGUUGGGCAUACGCUUUGCCGUUACCCAGCAUCGAUUCACCACAAUGGGACCCUUCUCAAAGGGAAAUGCUAGCACCGCUGCAUCUCCAUAACAGGAGACUUGAAGAAUAUGGACACGACUUCUCGAGGCCACGUGUUUUAUCUAUGCCCGAAUACGAAACACACAUCCAUCACGAUGGCUAUGGACAACCGGAAAGGCGUCCGCAGAUCAUUACAGGCCUCGGGAGGCAUAGGUCUGAUCCACGGCUAAGCUCGGAGGCGAUUUUCGACCAGCCGACAAGCAGAUACUACAAACCAUCCUCAGACGUCAAUGUCGACAAUGUCUCGCAGAUGUCAGACUUGUCCCCACGGCCGCUGAUGGAGUAUGAGUCAAAUACCGGUCGCGGUGCCGUGAACUUGUACCCAAGACCAUCGCCGACUCGUCAUCGACACCGAUCCCACUCAGUGGCAGAAGCUCCCAGAUCCCCACCUCGAGAUCGUAAAUAUCUUUUUGUCAACCGAACCGUCAAGGAUGGGAAGUUGAUUUCAAGGGGAACGAGUUGCCAAGGCUACGACAGAGGCGAUCUCGAGUUUGAGAGACCACUUGGGAAGGAUGCUUGGAAUGGGACUGUCAUUUUCGGAUUUGAUGGAAGAAUUAGGUCGAGAAGCACAGAAGACUCAGAUAUCUUCAUAGCGUUUCUGUAA